CAGCCAAAGGAGCCCCGCGUUAUUGUCGAAUCCGAAGACCACCCCGACCGGCUUCUACUCGAGACCAAGAUCGUAAAAGACGAUGGCUUCCAAAAACAACAAGGCGCCUUCCAGGAAGCCGAGGGUUGCGCCAUGAUAUGGAAAUUUAUUGACGGCGUUCAACAAACCUUCCACAAUGUCCUGGGCGGCGCCGACGACAGUCUCUCCGAGGAUCUUACUAUGGAUAUGUCAAACUCGACUUUCACGCUCCCCCCGGCUGAUCUGGCGAACCUACCUGAUCUCGAGAAUAUCAUGCGCCAGAUGUCCAAUACGGCUAAUGGGCGCGAGAUGCUGGUCAAGUCCAUCAUGGAGCACGACAUCAUACCCUCAUUAGGCAACCUAGUCGAGAUGGCGGAAGAUCUCGAGAGCCUCGACGACCUAUUUCGUCUUUGCAACAUGACCAAGACGAUGCUCCUCCUAAACGACACUGCAAUCAUAGAAAAAGCUGUAUCUGAUGAAUGUGUCCUCGGUGUGGUGGGUGCCCUCGAGUACGAUCCCGACUUCCCGAAGCACAAGGCGAACCACCGGCAGUGGUUGAGCAACCAGACCCGUUUCAAGGAGGUGGUCAAGAUUGAGGAUGAUACAAUCCGGCGCAAGAUUCAACAGACCUUCCGCUUGCUGUAUCUCAAGGAUGUGGUUCUGGCCCGAAUCCUAGAUGACCCGACCUUCUCCGUCCUCAACUCGCUCAUCUUCUUCAACCAGGUUGACAUCAUCAACCAUAUCCAGACUAACGGUGGGUUCCUAAACGACCUCUUCUCGAUAUUCGCCGACCCCUCUGCGCAACACCUACGCAAAAAACAGGCCGUUACUUUCCUCCACGAUUGCUGUGCCAUCGCCAAGAAUCUUCAACCGCCAGCAAGACAAAAUCUGUAUACCAAUUUCCUCGGCCAUGGUCUUGUUCGUGUCAUUAAUUUCGGAUUGUGUGACCACGACGUCACUGUACGAGUUCAUGCUACUGACAUCCUCGUGGCCAUGAUUGAUCACGAUCCCCAGAUGGUCCGGCACACGAUUUACCGACAGCUGCAGGAACGUCAGAAGCCUCUCACUGAUGUGAUCAUCGAUCUUCUUCUGGUUGAGGUUGAUCUCGGUGUCAAGUCGCAAAUGCAGGAUGCCCUUCGGAUCCUGCUCGAUGUGGCGCCGAUCAUGCCGCCAGAUGCAAGAGAGUAUCCUCCCAACCAGCAGCGAUUGAGACAGCUUCAGAGCAUCGACCCGCAGCAAGAACUUCUGAUACAGCAUUUCUAUGAAAACUCGGCCGCCAGGCUUUUUAAGCCACUGCUCGAUCUCGAAGGGCAGACAGAGUUGAAGUUCCAGCCCAUGCAGGAGUACAUCUUCGGCUACCUGAACGACAUACUCUGUUCCUUCAUCCGACAACACCAACACAGGGCCAAGUACUUCCUCAUCACCCACAGUCUGGCACAGCGCUUCGUUCAGUUGCUUUCAUGCAAGCAAAAGCAUCUGCAGCUCGUGGCCAUUCGAUUUAUCAAGCAACUGGUAUUGAUGAACGACGAAUUUUACAUGAAGCACAUUGCCGAGAAGCAAAUUCUCGGCCCUAUUCUCGAUGUGCUAUUAAGAGCCAUCACCCGCGACAACCUUCUUUGUUCAGCUUGCCUCGAUCUUUUCGUCCUCAUUAAUAAGGAGAAUGUUAAGGACCUAAUUAAGCACCUCGUGGAAAAUUACCGGGAAAAGAUUAUGGCGUUGUCGCACAUGGAUACCUUCCGCGAAAUGGUCAGUCGGUACGACCAGACGGAAGGCUACACAACCAAUCCCGAGUAUUUUAUGGAUGAAGACGAAGAUGAGGGACCAACCGCGGCCGAGAGCGAAAGGAGACCGACGAGGCCAACCUCCGGUCUGAUGGAGGAACAACUCACUGUCGAUCAGGCUCAAGAGGAAUACUGGAACGGCGUAUCGGACGAAGAGGAUGAAGGACCUCAGAAUGACUCCCAUCGUACCAACGGCACCGCCACUACUCUUCCUCUGCUGAAGCCCUUGGUCGAAUACGGCUCGGACGAGGAAGAUGGCGUGGCGGGUGAUGAGGCAACUGCCCAAGCAAAGAAGGACGAUGAAGACAACAGCGCAAAGUCGAACGGCGAACGACCAGUAACACCAACAAAAGGUGGGCCGGCCGCAGCCGCUGCUGCCGCCGUUGUCGCGACCCCGCCAGAGAGGAUAUCUGAGAAGCGGCGCCGUGAAGAAGACGAGGAUGACGAUGCGUUUGACAAGUUACUGCAGUCCAAGCGCCGAGGGAGCAAUGCCAGUGCCGCGAGCGCCGGUGCAGACAUUCGCAAGAAGAUGGGCAUCUCUGAAGAUGAUGGUCCUGCUGCUGAGGGUGCCACCACCGAGGACAAUGGUACUUCAACGACAGAUCGCACAUCUCCUAACCCUGCUUCCCCUCUAGCUGCUACCACCGCCGUCACUACGAGUCUAAGCACGCCAAAGAAAAUUGCUUUCAAUAUCUCUUCCAAAGUCAAAAGCAUGCUUGGUGGUGGUGGUGGGAAACCUUCGGAGCCGGAGGCAGAUACCGGUACAACAACGACUAGCGCGAAUGAUAAAGCGCAAGAAACUUCAAUAACAACGGGUGCUACAACUGCAUUAGGAAAGGAAAAUGUGAGGAUAGGGGAAAGAGAGGAGAAGGAGGAGGAGAAGGAGACUUCAAAGUCAGUGGUACAAGAAGUGGGAGAAGAAGAAGAAGAAGAAGAUCCAAACGCAAUGAAAGACUAGAGGCUACUUUGGGUUGGAUCAAGGAAGGCAAAGCGCAAGGGGAAUGGGAAGGAAGGCAAGGAAGGGGAAACGCGGAAAGUGAAAGGGAAAAGGGAGGCAAAAUAGGCGAAAACACACACAUAUAUUAUUUACAAAUAUGGAUUGGCACCGUACCGAUUUGAU